AUGGCGUGCAAGUCAACAGGCGGGAAGUUGACCCACAGGUGGCUGGCCAACAAGGCGGACCGCAAGAGAGUGCCAGCCAUGAGCUGUGUAAAGAAGACACACCGGUACUGGUCCCACACCGUGGCACUGCAUGAGAUCCGCCAGCUGCCGUUCCAGCAGCUGGUGCACCAGAUUGUGCAGGACUUCAAGACUGACCUGUGCUCCCAGAGCUCGGCUGUCAUGGCGCUGCAGGAGGCGUGCAAGGCCUACCUGGUGGGGCUCUUAGAGGACGUAAACCUCUGGCAUUCCCCGCUAAGAGUGUCACCAUUAUGCCCAAGGACAUCCAGCUGUUGUGCUGCAUUCACGAAGAGAGCAUAA